CGUCCGCUCACUUUCGACAGAGGCAUAUUAUGUGGUUUUCCGGAAGCAAAGAGCCAACACUGUUCUUAGAAGAGCACUGUUAGUAAACAUCGGAAAGAAAAUGACGGCAUCAGCGACCACGCUGAUGAACAAAGUUGAUCUACAAUGCAAAACUUGUAAAUCGACAAUCAUUAAAAAGGGCAUGGCAGCCUUAUGUAACUUUAAACUAGCGCGGACGCGCGAACUUUCGAGUAAUAGAUAGAUAGAUAGAGAGAGAGAGAGACAGACAGACAGAUAGACAUAUAGCUCGCUCCGGCCAGUCAUGGUAUUAGCUGUCAGUAGCCAAAGAAUCGACAGGCAGGCAGACAGAUACUUCACUAGCAGUGAGCACUUUCACUUCUGACAGCUAAUAGCAUGAUAGUGCCCAAAAUAGGAAUGGAAACGAAAGAGCAGCCCGAUGUCAACCCGCUGGAUGAAUUUUAUACGAACCCGAUUAAGAGAUUUUACACUCUAUCAUCAACUGAGAGUGACAGCAGUGAUGAUCCACCAAACGAGGAAAUGGAGAAUAUUAUGAAAGAGACUAUAGAAUUUUCAUAUGAAAAUACUGAUGAAUUUCCUGAAAACUGGUAUUAUAGUCAGUUCUGGUAUGAUGAACCAACUACUAAGCAUAUAACGAAGAAGAUCCAUGAAAUAUGUAAAGACCGUGAAAAAAGUCAAGUCGGGAAUUCAAAGCAACGAGUUUGCUGUCUCUGCUGUCCUACUAUUUUCCGAAGGCUUCUUAAGGAACCUCCUAAAAAUUCUGAAGUAUUCCUUUUUGAUGUUGAUGAAGCUAAAUGCCAGGUGUUGGGGUCUAAUUAUAUAUUCUAUGACUUCAACCGACCAAAAGAAAUGGACGAAAAAUUUCAAGGGAGCUUUGAUAUAGUGGUAGCUGAUACACCACAUUUCACUGAAAUUUGCAUCCGAAAAAUUAUUAUAACCAUUCAGCAUGUAAAGAAUUCAACGUGCCAGAUUAUGCUAUGCACAACUCUAGACGACAAGCUUCUAAAAUAUGUUGAUGAAGAGCUUAAGCUGAAGAAAACUGAUUGGAAAAUAGGGCAUGCAUGCGGACUGGAAAAUCCAUAUGCAUGUUUUACUAAUCUCAAUGAUAGAUUUCUGAAUGUAAAAAUGGAAACAUAAAAAAUUUGAAGCUGCUCACUUUAAGCUCUUUUGUGAAAGUUGAAAAAAAUUCAAGUAAACACUGAUAAAGGUGUAAAUUUGAAAUAAAAAUGAAUAACUUUGGGUUUUUAAAAUUG